GUUCAAACAGAUCUAGAAGGCGAAAUGAACUUACAAUAUCCAGCGCUGUUGAAUAUAAUAUAUUUGAUAUGUGUGCAUUCGGUUGCAAAUCAUCGUAUGGAAUUUACCAAUGUUAAAUGUACCACCCUGGAUAAGGAAUUUAGCGACUUUGAAUAUUGCUAUCUUAAAGCUGCGAAUCGCACGUAUAAAUACUUGUCGCUCAAGGUUCGGCUCUUUAAGGUACCAGUUCAUCAAUUUUCGAUGAAUGUCGCAUUCCAUAAGCGCUCAAAUGGUCUUUUGCCGAUUAACCAUAAUAUUACUUUUGAUGGCUGCAAAAUGGUAGCCGAUAACGGAAGUCCCUGGAUUUCAUUUCUGUACGGCGUGAUCAAAGAGUAUUCAAAUAUCAACCACCCAUGUCCCUAUGAUCAUGAUGUUAUUGUGGACAAGCUGCCCGCUCAAUUUCUUAAACAACGAUUUAGCUCAUUAUUACCAUUUCCUGAAGGAGAUUAUGUAUUUAAUAGCAAUUGGAUGGCUUACGGCAUAAAUCGGGCCAAUGUGAGGCUCCACUUCUCGUAUACCUAAUUUUAAUGCAUUGUAUUUGAUUGAAGUUAAAUUAACUUACAUUUAAAAAAAAUUUAUUCGAACGGCAUAAUUAUGUAAAAAUAAAUUUC